GGUGUUUCACGGAGCAGCCAUGUCCACCCUGUACCCAUCGCUGGAGGACCUGAAGGUGGACCAAGCCAUUCAGGCCCAGGCCAGAGACACCCCCAAGAUGCCCAUCCUGCCUGUGCAGGAGACACCAGUCCCCCAGCCUUCAGUUUUGUACCCAAACCUGGCAGAACUGGAAAAUUAUAUGGGUCUUUCCCUCUCCAGCCAAGAAGUCCAACAGAACCUGCCUCAGAGUCCAGACGGUACCAGUACGGUGGUCUCUGGCCCCUCGCCGGGGGUCUGGCUGCCAGGCGGCUGUCCUAGGGCCUUGAGGCCAUUGGGAGAGGCUGCGGUCCAGUGCUUGGGGGUGCGGCCUCCAGCCAGGCUUGACAUUCUGCCUCAGGAGAGACCUGGGCUCUGCGGGCGCGCUGACCUGGGGCCCUGCCUCUCCCAGGGACUCUUUGUGCAGCUGGUGCAGGUCAACACCCCUGCAUCCCUGGUGGGGCUGCGCUUUGGGGACCAGAUCCUGCAGAUUGACGGGCGCGACUGUGCCGGGUGGAGCACCGACAGAGCGCACCGGGCAGUGAAGAGGGCUCCAGCAGAGAAGAUCGUCAUGGUGGUUCGGGACCGGCCUUUCCAGCGGACGGUCACCAUGCACAGGGACAGCACCGGCCACGUGGGCUUCGUCAUCAAGAAGGGGAAGGUGGUCUCUGUGGUCAAAGGGAGUUCUGCGGCCCGCAAUGGGCUGCUCACCAACCACUAUGUGUGUGAAGUGAAUGGGCAGAAUGUCAUCGGGCUGAAGGACAAACAGGUCAUGGAGAUUCUGGCCACGGCCGGGAGCGUCAUCACCCUGACCAUCAUCCCCACCGUGAUCUACGAGCACAUGGUCAAAAAGUUGUCCCCGACCCUGCUCCGCCACACCAUGGACCACUCCGUCCCAGAUGUCUGACGUCACGGGCAGCUCCGCCCUCCCUCCUCCUGCAGGACCGCAGAGGCCUCAGGUUUCGGAGACCUGCUGCCUGGAGCCCGGAUGUCCUGACGGGUGCGCUCGGCCGGGGUGUGUGUGUGUGUGUGUGUGUGUGUGUGUGUGCCCGCAGAGCACCCCGUCUACAUGUGGAGCACAGCCUCCUCAGAGCCUGACUUGCCUGGACUACGGCGGCCAGGCCAUGGGCAGCAGCUUGCGUGGGUUUGUGUCGCGGCAGCCGGCUCAGGGCCUCCGGAAGGGGCAGCUGGGUCCCUUUCGAGACGUCACCUCUACCAGAAGGACAGUCCACAUUGAGAGAACAGAAGCACAUUCCUUGUGAGAAUUUUCCCCUUUACUUGAUCUUUGACACACACUGUCCAUGGGUAGAACUCCUCACUUAUCUUCUGAAUAAAGCUUUGAUUUUAAAUAAAA